CUAGCCCCCACCUUUGCGUCCAUCGUGGAAGCUUCUGAUUGGCCAGGGAGCGGCACCCAUGUUAGGCUGCGCUAAGCUCCCAUUCAAGGUAGGUUGCAGAAACAAAAAAAAAAAUUAAAAAUAUUUUUAAAUAUAUAUUUAAAAAAAAUUGGGGGGGGGGGAAAUUAAUGAAACAUUAAGAGACAAUUAGAGAAUGGGACAACAAUGGUUCGAAUUACAUUGCUGGUUAUGCCGUGAGACAAUGUCUCGGAAUGCGUAUCAAAAAGCAAGAACAAUCCGAAAUAAUUCCGAUAUACGAUUCAAAACGAUUUUUUGGACAUGUCUAUUAUCCAGACUGCAUCAGCAUCAGAAAGCACCAAGCAGGAUAGCGGAGAGAGAGGUCUGUCCCUCCGUAAAACUUUGAAAUUUUGCCAAAAAUCAGUGGAUAAGUGAAACAUUCUGAAAUUUGGUGGGCUAACAGUGCUAAAUGGGUUCUAACAUUGUAACAACUUUCAGCCCAAUAGCUUUAAAAAUGAGGAUGAUUAGAGCCCCUGGAGUUUCCCUACUUAUGGUACAGUAGAGUCUCGCUUAUCCAAGCUAAACGGGCCGGCAGAACGUUGGAUAAGUGAAUAUGUUAGAUAAUGAGGGAUUAAGGAAAAGCCUAUUAAACAUCAAAUUAGGUUAUGACUUUACAAAUUAAGCACCAAAACAUCAUGUUAUACAACAAAUUUGACAGAAAAAGUAGUUCAAUACGCAGUAAUGUUAUGUUGUAAUUUCUUUAUUUACGAAUUUAGCACCAAAAUAUCACGAUAUAUUGAAAACAUUAACUACAAAAUGCGUUAGAUAAUCCAGAAUGUUGGAUAAACGAGUGUUGGAUAAGUGAGACUCUACUGUACUUGCAUUCAAUCUACCCAUAUGAACAUUUCCAGAGCUAUGUGACCUUUGGAUAUUGAGUCCAUGGAUAAGAGGAUUGUACUGCAUGUUCAUUCUCGCCGUACAAAUUGUGCCUUGGGUGAGUGAGGUCAAUGUCGAGGAGGGAAAUGGGACUCUGGACACUGUGUUGACGUGGUUCCCCCCUUUUCUUUUUUAAAUCUUUUCCAGCAGUGCCCCCCGAAUGGCCGGAGCUUCCGCGAGGAGCAGUGCUCUUCCUUCAACUCGCACGUGUACAAUGGGCAGACCUAUCAAUGGAAACCUUUAUAUCCCGACGACUACGUCCACAUCUCCAGCAAGCCCUGCGACCUCCACUGCACCACCGUCGAUGGGCAACGGCAGCUGAUGGUCUUGGCCCGAGACGGGACCUCCUGUAAAUAUGCGGAUUUCCGAGGGGUUUGCGUGUCUGGAAAAUCCCAUUGGAUGCGACGGGAUACUGUUCUCGACCCACACCUUGGACAAGUGCGGCGUCUGCCAAGGAAACGGGAGCAGCUGCACCCACGUCACUGGGAGUCACAGGAAGGGCAAUGCACACCUCGGCUAUUCGCUGGUGACUCACAUUCCCGCCGGAGCAAGAGAUAUCCAGAUCGUGGAGCGGAAGAAGUCUGCGGAUGUUCUCGCCGUAGCCGAUGAAGCUGGUUAUUACUUCUUCAAUGGCAAUUUCCGAGUCGAUAGCCCCAAGAAUUUCAACAUUGCGGGGACCAUUUUCAAAUACAGGAGGCCGAUGGACAUUUACGAGACUGGGAUCGAAUAUAUUGUGGCUCAAGGGCCAACCAACCAAGGCUUGAACAUCAUGGUUUGGAACCAAAAUGGAAAGAACCCGUCCAUUACGUACGAGUACACCCUCCUCCGGAGGCCACAUUCGAAAAAUAUGCAACCUGUGUAUUAUACCUUCUCUGCAUCCGAGAGCGAGGAGAGUCAAGAGGUGGAGGGCGAGCAGCCCUUGGGGUUUGUUCAGCGCAAUGCGAGCUUCUUUGGGACUCUGUCCAAAGAAAAGAUCCACAUGUUUGGCCGGCAAGACACAGCGGAAGACCUGGACCUGAGCAAAAUCCAGGAGACCAAUGAAGUCUAUGAAAGGAUGGAAACCAAGGACUGUGACCCAGCCUUGAAGGGGAAGGAAAGCAAAGAUUCAAAUGUCACCAAAUCCAAUUAUAUGGUUGAAGGGAACUGGCGAGAACUGGACUCCCGGCUGGCUUCCAAAGAAUUCCUCUCUGAAAAUGCCAUUACCCACAAACUCUUGGAGAGGACGUCCGACUCGAAAGAAUCAGACCAGAACAAGACCACCAACAGUAUCUUUUCUUCGAAGAAACUCACCAAUUCCGUUGGGUCCCAUGCCGACAGCCUUUACGUCGAUUACGACGACACCGACGAGGCCGUGGCUUACGCUGUCAAUGGCACAUUCCUGGAAUUAAGCAGCGACAAAACCAUCAACACCUCUUCUGAGACCCAAUUUUCCAACUCCACCAUCUCUGCUGCGAUUCCUCAAGGGAACAGAACCCACAAAACCAGGAACCGGUUGAAACUGUUCCGAAAGGGCCAAAAUAUGAGUCCGGCAGAUAUGUACCGAUGGAAGUUGUCAUCCCAUGAACCCUGCAGUUCAACGUGUACGACAGGCGUGAUGUCCACCUAUGCUAUGUGCAUCCGCUACGAUGGGAUCGAAGUGGAUGAUAUGUAUUGCGAUGCCAUGACCCGUCCUGAGCCUGUCCAUGAAUUCUGCGCAGGAAGGGAAUGCCAACCUAGGUGGGAAGCCAGCAGUUGGAGCGAAUGUUCCCGGACAUGCGGCGAAGGGUACCAAUUCCGUAUUGUCCGCUGUUGGAAGAUGAUCUCGCCCGGGUUCGACAGCUCCGUCUACAGUGACCUGUGCGAAUCUGCUGACAUCACCCGGCCGGAAGAGCGGAAGAUCUGCAAAAACCCAGCGUGUGGGCCACAGUGGGAGAUGUCGGAAUGGUCCGAGUGUACAGCGAAAUGCGGCGAGAGGAGUAUCGUGACCAGGGACAUCCGGUGCUCAGAGGAAGAGCGGUUGUGUGACCCCAACACCAGGCCACCGGCCGACAAGAAUUGCACGGGACCCCCUUGUGACCGACAGUGGACUGUCUCGGACUGGGGACCGUGCAGUGGGGGCUGUGGACAAGGGCGAAUGAUCCGCCACGUCUACUGCAAAACCAGCGAUGGACGCGUGGUACCAGAAUCGCAGUGUAACCUGGAGACCAAACCACUCGCCAUCCACCCCUGUGGGGAUAAGAACUGUCCGGCUCACUGGUUGGCCCAAGACUGGGAAAGGUGUAAUACCACCUGUGGCCGAGGGGUAAAGAAGCGGAUUGUGUUGUGCCUGGAGAUCGUCAAUGGCAAGCUCAAAACCCGAAGCCCAACAGAAUGUGACGUCACCAAGAAACCGAUAGAGGAAACCACCUGCUUUGAGCGGCCUUGUUUCAAGUGGUACACCACCCCGUGGUCCGAGUGUACCAAAACUUGUGGCAUUGGCGUGAGGAUGAGAGAUGUGAAAUGUUACCAAGGGAAGGACCUCGUCCGGGGCUGCGACCCUCUUGUGAAACCCGUCGGGAAGCAGACGUGUGACCUUCAGCCCUGCCCGACUGAACCACCAGAUGACAGCUGCCAGGACCAAGCGGGCACCAACUGCGCCUUGGCCAUCAAGGUGAACCUCUGCAGCCAUUGGUACUACAGCAAAGCGUGUUGUCGGUCCUGCCGAGCCCCCCACUCCUAAGCGAGGACAGAUGGUGUGAGGGACUCACCGCAACGAGCCAGAUGGACGGACGGACAGCUGGGUGCGGCCUGGUGGUGGAGGACCCCCAUUUGUGGCAAGGAGAGCAAGGGCCAACAGCGAUCCUGGGCAUCCGUCCGAGCAGGCUUCUUGUUCACCCAACUCUUUCUCAAGAUGGACACUGGUGUUGUGGACCCCAUGACUCUGCCAUCUUUGAUCCCACAACCCUGUUGUCCUUGACUUCACGGCCCCGUUGUGUUUGACCCUACAACCCCAUUGUUUUUGACCCGACAACUCCAUUGUUUUUGACCCGACAACUCCAUUGUUUUUGACCCUACAACCCCGUUGUUUUUGACACUACAACUCCGUUGUUUUUAACCCUACAACUCCAUUGUUUUUGACCCUACAACCCCAUUGUUUUUGACCUGGCAACUCCAUUGUUUUUGACCCUACAACCCCAUUGUUUUUGACCGUACAACCCCAUUGUUUUUGACCCUACAACUCCAUUGUUUUUGACCUGACAACUCCAUUGUUUUUGACCUGACAACUCCAUUGUUUUUGACCCUACAACCCCUUUGUUUUUGACCCUACAACUCCAUUGUUUUUGACCCUAUAACUCCAUUGUUUUUGACCCGACAACCCCAUUGUUUUUGACCCGACAACCCCAUUGUUUUUGACCCUGUUGUCUGUGACCCGAACCAGCUCAUCCUCCUUAGCCCCAACACAUCGUUGGCAUACUAUUGUUGACUGACCUUCCCGUUGCUUGCUGAGAACAGAUGUGUACAUAGAGUCUUGAAUAUUUCUCUAAUUCGUCUCACUCCAAUACACUCCAAAUUGCUCUUGAAAGGUAUAGAAAGGCCAACUUACAUAUCACCCUGUUACAGAAAAUAGCACUCAAUAUCUAAGAAAUUAUAAGCAAUCCAACCAGUUCUACAAGGAAUAUAAACUUAGUAGUUAUUUGUGUUAUUGGGUCGCUGUGAGUUUUCCAGACUGUAUGGCUAUGUUUUAGAAGCAUUCCCUCCUGAGGUUUCGCCCACAUCUAUGGCAGGUAUCCUCACAGCUUCUGGAACAUGGCCAUACAGCCUGGGAAACUCACAGUAACCCAGUGAUUCUGUGGUCAUGAAACCUUUCAAAAACAUAUAAAAUAAACCUAUUUGCAGAUGACGUAUUAUUACUUUAAAACUCACAGCAACCCAGUGAUUCUGUGGCCAUGAAACCUUUCAAAAACAUAUAAAAUAAACCUAUUUGCAGAUGACGUAUUAUUACUUUAAAACUCAUAGAAACCCAGUGAUUCCAGCCAUGAAAGCCUUUGAUAACACAAAGAGAACCAUGGUAAUAUAAGUUUGGGAUGGAAUUGGCCCUAGCCAAAAACCCGCUGUAAUCUUAACAGAACCUCGGUUUCUCCUAAGCUUGUUUCCAAAGAAUAACGGUCUCAACGCUUGGACUGAAUGGAGUCUCUACCCAUUGGAUGGUUGCGACACAUUCCCGUUCCUCGUUUUUGCCUCGAAAACCUUUCAAAAUUAGCCCUGUAUGACAACAAUAUAAUGCCAACGUAUUAUAUAGGAUAACAAAAAGAAACCACCCAUAACUGCACUUUAUAUCGUAAAUAGAGCCGUGGGCUCUCUUUCUUUCUCUCUCUCUCGCUAAUAUAUUUGUUUACAAACAGUGAACGUUAUCCCUGUAACCGUAGAACUGUACCCUUUCUGUAUAUUUUAAAUAAAUUCGGUCAUAUUUAUGAUACCAGCUGAUUGCUCUUCCAUUUGUUUUGGACGAUCUAAUAAAGUAGCAUUUCCCAUGCGAUGUGGGACUGAGAGUGGCCCAGCAGCAUCAGGAGGAGCAGCAGCAACAGAAGCGAUUUAGGUAAUUUGUAGCAUUGUUUAUUAGGAAAAAUUCAAUCUUUCAUUUUUUUAAAUUAAUGCAUAACGGUGCACGAAUGAGACUGCUUCUCGCUUGAUAACAAAGUCAAGAUAAGUUUAUUAUUAUUUUUUAAUUUUUUUUUGUUUUCGUUUUCAGAGGGUCUGGAAGUCUUGUACAAGUUUGCCACACUGCCAAAAAGUGAACGGAAAACUCAUGGAAACAAUUCAAUCAAUUUCAAAGAUACACGGGGGGAAAAAAAGGAAAUCCAAAGAAGAGACCAGCGCGAGGAGAAAAAACCCGGAAGAUUGAAAAACAUUGCCACGAUCGAAACGCAACGGAUCUCAGCGUCUUCAAAAAUGCCGUUAAAACAUUAUUAUUAUUAUUACUUUUUUUUU